AUGGUUACUUUUGAUUGUACUUAUAACACCAAUAAGUAUAGCAUGGUUUUAGCCCCUUUUACUGGUGUAGAUCAUCAUAAGUCUUGUAUUACAUUUGGUAUAGGUUUAUUAGCUAAGGAAGAUAGUGAAUCUUUUGAGUGUGUGGAAAGUAUAACUGUUUUGGACUCAACGGUAAGUAAGAUGUACAAGGUGAAAUUUAUACUGGGAAGUUCGAUUGACGAGUUGAAGGUAGAUUGUGAUUGCAAGUUAUUUAAACGAAUAGGAAUAUUAUAUUCCCAUGCGAUUUGUGUUAUGAGUGCAAGAAAAAUAACACAAAUACCAAAGCAAUAUGUUUUAGAUCGUUGGACGAAGCUAGCAUUAAAGAAGCCUAUUUUUGAUUUGCUUGGGAAUCUGAUUGAAGAGAGCAAAAAGUGUAACAACGUGGGGAAGUUGUUGGGGGAAGUUUGGUGUGAAAUAUUCAAUUGUGUAGGUUUAGCUCAAUGGAGUGAGAGUGAUUUACACUCACUUUUACAAAACCUAAAAGAUAUUAGUAGAAAAUUGGAGGAAAGUGAUGAUGUGAGGGUGGACAUUACUAAAGAGCAACGAAUCGAAUUGUUAGUAGGCACAAGUUCAUCUUCGACAAUGGAAAUACAAAACCCAAUCCAAUCAAAGAACAAAGGAAAAAGUCGAAAUUGCCCAUCAACAAAAGAUACCCCACUUAAGAAAAAUUGA